CCGCAGGGCACCUCACUGAGGUCCAUGCCCUUACUACCCCCGUGUUACACAUGGGGAAACGGAGGCACGGUGUCGCUUUGUCAAUAGCCCAGGAACCCAGCGAAUCUUGAUGCCCGCCGGGAGCAGAGACUGAGCUGGACCACUGGAGCCUGGGGGCCCGGGGGCGAUGGCUCUGCAGCUCUGGGCCCUGACCCUCCUGGGCCUGCUGGGCACGGGCUCGGGGCUGCGGCCCCGGAAGCUGGACUCCUUCCAAAGCAAGACGGAGCUGAACCACCUGGUGGUGGAUGAGGCGUCGGGCGUGGUGUACGUCGGGGCGGUGAACGCGCUCUACCAGCUGAGCGCCGACCUGCAGCUGGAGCAGAAGGUGGACACGGGCCCGGCCCUGGACAACAAGAAGUGCACGCCGCCCAUCGAGAUCAGCCACGGCGAGCAGCGCAUGCUGUUCGUGGGCAAAGGCAACGGCCCGUACGACAACGGCGUCAUCGUGAGCACCCGGCUGCUGGACCGCGUGGCGGGCAGGGAGGCCUUCGAGGCCUACACCGACCACGCCACCUACAAGGCCGGCUACCUGUCCACCAACACGCAGGAGUUCGUGGCGGCCUUCGAGGACAGCCUCUACGUCUUCUUCGUCUUCAACCAGCAGGACAAGCACCCGCUGCGCAGCCGCACGCUGCUGGCCCGCAUGUGCAAGCAGGACCCCUACUACUACUCCUACCUGGAGAUGGAGUUGCAGUGCCUGGACCCCGGGGGCCCGCCCACCCCCUUCAGCACCUGCCUGGCCGCCUCCGCCGCCACCGCGGGCGCCGGCAAGGUGCUCUACGCCGUCUUCACCAGAGAGGACCGGGCAGGCGGGGGGCCCCGGGCCGGCCUCUGCCUGUUCCCGCUGGAUGAGAUCCACGAGAAGAUAAAGGACAUCCGCAACGCCUGCUACAUGGGCGACCCGCAGAGCAGCCCCGACGACUUCUACAAGCCCUUCCACGGCGAGAUCCAGUGUGGUGGCCAGGGCCUGGGUGCCGGCGAGAGCUUCCUGUGUGGCUCGGAGCACCUGCCCUACCCCCUGGGCAGCCGCAAGGGGCUCGGCAUCUGCGCCCUGCGCGCCCUCAGCAACAUCUCCACGCGCCUCUUCUACGAGGACAGCAGCGGCGAGCGGUCCUUCGUGGCCAGCAACGACGAGAGCGUGGCCACCGUGGGGCUGACCGUGGCCACCGAGAACGGCCACACCAUUGCCUUCCUGGGCACCUCCGACGGCCAGGUCCUCAAGGCGUACCUGGCCCCCGACGGCAGCUCCGUGGAGUACGGCUCCAUCCUGGUGGACAUCAACAAGAGGGUCAAGCAGGACCUGGUGCUGUCCGCCGACCAGGCCAGUUUGUACGCCAUGACCCAGGACAAGGCGUUCCGGCUUCCUGUGCAGGAGUGCUCGAGCUACCUCAACUGCAUGCAGUGCCUCGGCUCCCGGGACCCCUACUGCGGCUGGUGCAUCGUCAAGGGGCGAUGCAGCCGGAGGGCUGAGUGCCCACGGGCCGAGGAGAGCGGACACUGGCUGUGGAGCCGCGAGGAGUCCUGUGUGACCGUCACGGGGGCCCAGCCCCAGAACAUGAGCCGGCGGGCCCAGGGGGAGGUGCAGCUGACCAUCAGCCCGCUCCCGGCCCUGGGGGAGGACAAGCUGCUGUGCCUCUUCGGGGACUCCCCGGCACACCCUGCCCGCGUGGAGGGUGACGCCGUGGUGUGCAACUCCCCGAGCAACAUCCCCAGCACGCCGUCCGGCCAGGACCAUGUGGCCGUGGAGAUCCAGCUCAGGUUCAUGCACACCGAUGUCUUCCUCACCUCCCACCAGUACCCCUUCUACGACUGCAGCGAGGCCAUGAAACUGGAGAGGAAUCUGCCGUGCAUCUCCUGUGCCAGCAACCGCUGGACCUGCCAGUGGGACAUGCGCUACCAUGAGUGUCGGGAGGCCUCGCCCAACCCUGAGGACAGCUUUGUGCCCGCUCACAUGGAGGACAGCUGCCCCCAGUUCCUGAACCCCAGCCCGCUGGUCAUCCCCAUGAACUACGAAACAGAUGUGACCUUCCAGGGCGAGAACCUGGACACAGUGAAGGUGGGGCAGGUGUGUGUACGAGGCCCUCUGCAGCAACGCCACCUCCGAAUGCCCGCCGCCCGUCAUCACGGAGAUCCAGCCGGAGACCGGCCCCCUGGGCGGCGGCAUCCGCUCACCUGUGUCUCUCAGACCCCAGCCCCUCCACUGCUGCCCCGCUGCUUGAGGGGACCCCAUGGGCCUUGGUGGGCACCGUGGUCGCCCUCUAGGGCUGGGGGGGGCGUUCAGAGUGCAGUGUGUCCCUGCGUGUUCCCCCAGCUGUCCCACGACGAGAGCGAGACGCUGCCCCUGCACCUGUACGUCAAGUCCUACGGCAAAUACAUCGACAGCAAGCUCGGCAGGUGUGUGUACGAGGCCCUCUGCAGCAACGCCACCUCCGAAUGCCCGCCGCCCGUCAUCACGGAGAUCCAGCCGGAGACCGGCCCCCUGGGCGGCGGCAUCCGCGUCACGAUCCUUGGGUCGAAUCUGGGGGUCAGGGCGGACGACGUCAAGAGCAUCACCGUGGCCGGCAAGAACUGCGCCUUUGAGCCAGAACGGUACUCCGUGUCCACCAGGAUCGUGUGUGCCAUUGAGGCCACGGAGGCGCCCUUCACGGGGGGCGUGGAGGUGGACAUCAAUGGGAAGCGUGGCCACUCUCCACCCCACGUCCAGUUCACCUACCAGGAGCCCCAACCCCUCAGCGUGGAGCCGAGGGAGGGGCCGCAGGCAGGCGGCACCACGCUGACCAUCAACGGCACCAACCUGGACACAGGCUCUAAGGAAGACGUGCGCGUGACCAUUGGUGGCGUCCCUUGCAAUGUGACGCAGUUUGGGGCGCAGCUCCAGUGUGUCACGGGCCCCCAGGCAGCCCCGGGGCAGCUGUCCUUGGAGAUCUACUACGGGGGCUCCCUGGUGCCCAGCUCCGGAAUCACCUUCACCUACCGCGAGAACCCCGUGCUGCGGGCCUUUGAGCCCCUGCGAAGCUUCGCCAGUGGCGGCCGCAGCAUCAACGUGACCGGGCAGGGCUUUGGCCUGAUCCAGAACUUCUCCAUGGUGGUCAUUGCGGAGCCUCUGCAGCCCUGGCGGCGCCGGCGGGAGGCCGGACCCCUGCCGCCCCACACGAUCGUGGGCACGGAGUACACACGCCACAACGACUCCAGGGUUGUGUUCCUGUCCCCGGCCGUGCCUGAGGACCCCGAGGCCUACAACCUCACGGCACUCAUUCAGAUGGACGGGCACCGUGUCCUGCUCAGGACGGAGGCCGGGGCCUUUGAGUACGUGUCCGAUCCCACCUUCAAGAACUUCACAGGGGGCGUCAAGAAGCAGGUCAACAAACUCAUCCACGCCCAGGGCACCAACCUGAACAAGGCAAUGACGCUGCAUGAGGCAGAGGCCUUUGUGGGGGCGGAGCGCUGCAUCAUGAAGACGCUGACCGAGACCGACCUGUACUGCGAGCCCCCGGAGGUGCAGCCGCCCCCUAAGCGGCGGCAGAAGCGAGACACGACACUCAACCUGCCCGAGUUCAUUGUGAAGUUCGGCUCCCGGGAGUGGGUGCUGGGCCGCGUGGAGUAUGACAGUCGUGUGAGCGAGGUGCCGCUCAGCGUCAUCCUGCCGCUGGUCAUGGUGCCCAUGGUCGUCAUCAUCGCCCUGUCUGUCUCCUCCCCAGACCUGAUGAUCGAGAUGGAGGACCAGACGAACGACGUGCACGAGGCCGGCAUCCCGGUGCUGGACUACAAGACCUACACGGACCGCGUCUUCUUCCUGCCCUCCAAGGACGGCGACAAGGACGUGAUGAUCACGGGCAAGCUGGACAUCCCCGAGUCGCGGCGGCCCGUGGUGGAGCAGGCGCUGUACCAGUUCUCCAACCUGCUCAACAGCAAGUCCUUCCUCAUCAACGUGAGCGGCGAGGCGGCCAUACGGCCGGCGGGCACUGCGGGGCCCUUGGGUACCAGGCCUGUCUGCACCCCCAGGUCGGAGACGGUGGUGGAGAGGAUGCUGUCCAACUGGAUGUCCAUCUGCCUGUACCAGUACCUCAAGGACAGCGCGGGCGAGCCGCUCUACAAGCUCUUCAAGGCCAUCAAGCACCAGGUGGAGAAGGGCCCGGUGGACGCCGUGCAGAAGAAGGCCAAGUACACCCUCAACGACACGGGGCUGCUGGGGGACGACGUGGAGUACGCGCCCCUGACGGUGAGCGUGAUCGUCCAGGACGAAGGGGGGGACGCCAUCCCCGUCAAGGUGCUCAACUGCGACACCAUCUCCCAGGUCAAGGAGAAGAUCAUCGACCAGGUGUACCGCACACAGCCGUGCUCCCGCUGGCCCAAGGCGGACAGUGUGGUCCUGGGUGAGCCCUCUGCCCUGGGGGGGCGGGCGGGGGACAGCGAGGGCGCCCUGCAGGGCGAUGGUCUGUGGCCGGUCCUGGAGCUGGCUGUCCGGGACGGAGCCACGCUCAUCCUGUCCAAAGUGGGGGUCUCGCAGCAGCCGGAGGACAGCCAGCAGGACCUGCCUGGGGAGCGCCACGCCCUCCUGGAGGAUGAGAACCGAGUGUGGCACCUGGUGCGGCCCACGGACGAGGUGGAGGAGGGCAAGUGCAAGCGCGGCAGCAUGAAGGAGAAGGAGCGCACCAAGGCCAUCACGGAGAUCUACCUGACCCACCCUUUGCUGACACAGGCGGAGAAAGACUCUCCCAGCAACAAGCUGCUCUACGCCAAGGAGAUCUCUACCUACAAGAAGAUGGUGGAGGAUUACUACAAGGGGAUCAGACAGAUGGUGCAGGUCAGCGACCAGGACAUGAACACACACCUGGCGGAGAUUUCCCGGGCGCACACGGACUCCCUGAACACCCUCGUGGCCCUGCACCAGCUCUACCAGUACACGCAGAAGUACUACGACGAGAUCAUCAACGCCCUGGAGGAGGACCCUGCCGCCCAGAAGAUGCAGCUGGCCUACCGCCUGCAGCAGAUCGCCGCGGCCCUCGAGAACAAGAUCAUCAACGCCCUGGAGGAGGACCCUGCCGCCCAGAAGAUGCAGCUGGCCUACCGCCUGCAGCAGAUCGCCGCGGCCCUCGAGAACAAGGAAGCCGAAGCCAGCAAUGGGCCAGCCCUCCUCGCUCGCCGGCUGCUGGCGCCGGGCCUGGCCGUGCCGCCCGCCGUCAAGUACUUCUUCGAUUUCCUGGACGAGCAGGCGGAGAAGCACGACAUCAAGGACGAGGACACCAUCCACAUCUGGAAGACCAACAGUUUACCGCUCCGGUUCUGGGUGAACAUCCUGAAGAACCCCCACUUCAUCUUCGACGUGCACGUCCACGAGGUGGUCGACGCCUCGCUGUCCGUCAUCGCGCAGACCUUCAUGGACGCCUGCACGCGCACGGAGCACAAGCUUAGCCGGGACUCUCCCAGCAACAAGCUGCUCUACGCCAAGGAGAUCUCUACCUACAAGAAGAUGGUGGAGGAGUGAGUGACCGCCCCCUCGGCCCCCACCCGGGGGUUUC